CCGACCAUUGCAGUGAGCAGUCAGAAGCCCGUCGUGUCUCUACCCGAGGCCGGAUGGUAAAAUCCAACCUCCAGCGGAUCUUAAACAGUCAUUGCUUUGCUCGCGAGAAAGAAGGAAAACCACAGUGCUAUACUACCAUGGCGGAUUUAAGUAAUAGUAUUUGUGACAUGAUUGGCAAGUAAGUGGAGACUGAGAAAACAGCAAAGUCAAGUGGGGGAUGGUAGCUAACCAUUUUUUUCAGUGACGAGGAAGUAGCUGCGAAUAUAAACUGGGAUUUAAUUUACUAUGUCAUAAAAUACCCACAUAGUCCACAACUGGUUAUCUAAGUAAUCAAUGAAAAAUAUCCAGAAUUAAUUUGGAAAGAAUAAUUAAAUUGUUUCAGGUUAGUCAUCUUCCUUAGUAUUGUGCUAAACUAAUUUAGCUACGUCACUUAUCUAACAGAGGCUAACGGUUAGUUACGUUAUCAAUAUAUUUGAGGGAGACGCUAUAACUUUAUCAUCACUUUACACACAGCAGAAAUAAAUGGUUAGGGUUUUCUAUGUCUCAGUGAUUGCCAAUGACACCUCGUUUGUAGCUAGAUAAGAUUAGUUAACGUUAGAUUGUUGACGUUGGUAUAGUACCUAGCUAUCUUUCCACCUGAACACAUAUAGUAGCUAUAGCAUUAGCAUUGUCAGGUAGCUAGUUGGCUGGUGAACGAGUUAAAAGGCCCAAAGUGAAACCCAAUAGAAUGGCUCGUCGUUUCACGGUUGAACUUCAAAAACAGAAGAAAAGCAUUUGUUACCUUUCCAUUGUAAUGAGGGAAUCUGCAUCCAUGAUUGUUAUGUUUGUCUCUAAGGGAUGUAGCUCAGUUGGUAGAGCAUGGCGUGUGCAACGCCAGGGUUGUGGGUUCGAUUCCCACGGGGGGCCAGUAUGAAAAAAUAAAUAUGUAUGCACUCACUAAGUCGCUCUGGAUAAGAGCGUCUGCUAAAUGACUAAAAUGUAAAUGUAAAAAAUGUAACCACAUCACAAUUGAUUAUUUAAUAAUAAGGCCUCAGUGAUGCAACAAUAGUCGUUUCUCUAUCUUGACGUCACAAACGCUUUUACGUUUCCAUUGUAACAUUACACCAUUAUACUAUUCUUCCCUCAAAAUGAUACACCCAUCAUUGUUGUAAUUUGGCAUCAUAAUGUCCCAGUAUUGUUGAGUUAGGGAGAAGAUCUGACCCACUUGCUUACAUUUAGACUAGGGUCUGACAGGCUUCCGGUUUAGAUUAAGACACCAAGGAGCACCCGAGAGAUACUUUUGUAUAUAUAGUGUAUGUGGACACCCCUUCAAAAUAGUGGAUUCGGCUAUUUCAGCCACACCUGUUGAUGACAGGUGUAUAAAAUCGAGCACACAGCCAUGCAAUCUCCAUAAACAAACAUUGGCACUAGAAUGGCCUUACUGAAGAUAUCAGUGACUUUCAGUUUGUCACAUUUCUGCCCUGCUAGAGCUGUCCCGGUCAACUGUAAGUGCUGUUAUGGUGAAGUGGAAACUUCUAGGCGCGACAACGGCUCAGCCGCAAAGUGGUAGGCCACACAAGCUCACAGAACGGGACCACGGAAGCACGUAUCAUGUAAAUUCUGUCCUCGUUUGCAACACUCACUAUCGAGGUCCAAACUGCCUCUGGGAGCAACGUCAGCACAAUAACUGUUAGUCGGGAGCUUCAUGUAAUGGGUUUCCAUGGCCGAGCAGCCGCACACAAGCCUAAGAUCACCAUGCGCAAUGCUAAGCGUCAGCUGAAGGGGUGGAAACGCAUUCUCUGGAGUGAUGAAUCACGCUUCACCAUCUGGCAGUCCGACGAACGAAUCUGGGUUUGGCGGAUGCCAGGAGAACGCUACCUGCCCCAAUGCAUAGUGCUAACUGUAAAGUUUGGUGGAGGAGGAAAAAUGAUCUGGGGCUGUUUUUCAUGGUUUGGGCUAUGCCCCUUAGUUCCAGUGAAGGAUAAUCUUAACACUGCAGCAUAUAAUGACAUUCUAGACGAUUCUGUGCUUCUAACUUUGUGGCAACCGUUUGGGGAAGGCCCUUUCCUGUUUCAGCAUGACAAUGCCCCCAUGCAGAAAGCAAGGUCUGUUCAGAAAUGGAUUGUCAAGAACGGUGUGGAAGAACUUGACUGGCCUGCACAGAGCCCUGACCUCGACCCCAUCGAACACCUUUGGGAUGAAUUGAAACGCUGACUGCGAGCCAGGCCUAAUCGCCCAACAUCAGUGCCAGACCUCACUAAUGCUCUUGUGGCUGAAUGGAAGCAAGUCCCCACAGCAAUGUUCCAACAUCUAGUGGAAAGCCUUCCCAGAAGAGUGGAGGCUGUUAUAGCAGCAAAGGGGGGACCAACUCCAUAUUAAUGCCCAUGAUUUUGGAAUGAGAUGUUCAAUGAGCAGGUGUCCACAUUUUGCCAUGUAGUGUAUGCCUCAGAAAACCUACCUCAAUCCAGGGAUGAGAAAUUUACAUUUACAUUUUAGUCAUUUAGCAGACGCUCUUAUCCAGAGCAACUUACAGGAGCAAAUAGGGUUAAGUGCCUUGCUCAAGGGCACAUCGACAGAUUUUUCACCUAGUCGGUUUGGGGAUUAGAACCAGCGACCUUUCGGCUACUGGCACAACGCCCUUAACCACUAAGCUACCUGCCGCGUUGUACUGCGAAUUGUCCCAUUAUCCCAACUGUUACACUGAGAAGAUUGAAUGCUUUUGUCCUCGUGCUAGAUAGUAGUAACCACAGCAGACAUUAUGGAAUGGCAUGUCGCAUUGAACAACAGAGCUGAUUGGCUUACGCUGCCAUUCCAAAAUGGCUGCUGUGACAGUUUUCCAUUCAAUCUUCUCAGUGUAACAGUUUGGUUAAUGGGAAAAUUCGGAUUACAACGCAUUUCUCAUCUCUGGAUUGAGGUACUUUUUCCGAGCCAUAUCUUGUGCCGGCUCCGUGGUGUUUUCCAAACAGGAGACUUGCCUGACUAGUGCAGCUGUAAGCAAGCGGGCCGGAUCUGCUGGCUACCAACCCCUAUGAAUAAAUUAAACAGUUAAAUAUCUACAUGGGAUGAAUUCAUUAUUCCAUGUGGUAGUCUACUUAUAUUUUUGACUUCUAGCGAUCAUUAUCAGGUUUUAGGGUCAUACAGUUUUGAUCAUAGGUCAUCAGGCAGAUACGCAGUUUAGAUUGCACGUUUUUCCUCAUUGUGGUGCCUUCCUGUCGUGAUUCAAUGCAGCCUCCUCAGAUGUUCCCUGAAGGGGAUUAUGCAACCCGCUGUGGCGUUGACCAAUUAAUUAACGUUUACUGACAUAUGAUGAAGGAUAUGUUUGUUGAUCUUGUUUUGCCAUGGAUUAAUACGUUCCGCUUAAACAGGAGAUCUGGGCCUUCUGUGGCAUGAUAUGAUGUGCUUAAUAAUGCCCCAAAUCUAAUCACAAUUAUGAAGGAAGAGCUGAUGCUAUAUCGCAUACAAAAAAUAUAGUACCGCUUUUGAUAGGAGGUUUAGAAUCACACAAAAGCUGUAUUUUGCUUCCACUUUACUGGUCCAUCUCACUGCUGUGAGCCUGUAAGCUUUUUAGCGCACAUCAUUGCUUUUAGACACCCACUCCAGCGUCCCUGGCUGCCCCUUAGCCUGUCCUACUAAUUCACUCCUGUCCUGUUAGCUAAUCAGCCAGUAGCCAGCCUGUUACAUUUGUGUUGCCAAGUUUAUUUAUUUAGUGUAAGAUUCAUGUAACAGUAUCUGAGAUUUGGAAGUCCUAUUGUUGCAUUGAAACGGUUUUAAACCACAUCACUAUUCCAACCAUAGAUAGGCAAAGGUUUUAUUUACACAAAUACACAUGGCAGAAUGGAGCACUUUGGCAGUUUAUAACAAGGUAAGAGGAAACAUGCCGUCCCCCACGAAUGAUGCAGCACCCGCCCCCUUGGGCCAAUUGCGUGUGACUAACACAUUUUAGUUAUCGUGUGACCACAUAUUAUCCAUUAUAUUGACCAGAUACUCAAGUGGCCACUCAAACAAUAAAUGUCUUCAAAAAUGGAAGGCAGUUAGCCUGGGUACCUUUUUUAGCUAAUCCAAAGAAAUAACGCCACCUGCUGGAGAAGACAGGUUUUGGGCUCAGUUAUCCCUCUCGCUUCUCUUCCUCCUCUCUGGUGCGACUCACAAAUGUCAGUUAAUUACUAUAGCGCCCACCUUGGGCCAAUCAGUGUAAUUUUGUAAAUGCCGGAUCUCUAUGGCAAGACUCGUCAUUCACCCAAAUUUCGUCAAAAUCGAGCCAGUGCUGUCUGAGAUAUCACGUGUGACUAGCGGAUGGACGGAGACUGAUCCACAGUCCCAUCACCCAUUUUCAUCGUGGGGGACAAUAAAGAAAACCCAACGGCAGUGCAUCUUACAUAGGAUGUGUAGUAAUAAUGAGAACGUGAUCAAAACCAGCCCCACCCCCUAUGCUGUGUUGUUGCCUAGGAACAGACGUCAAUGUGUUUCUGUUGGGUGUCUAGGCUCUGCUUCCUUUGAGUAUAGAAAUACAUUUUGAGAUGCAAUGGAGAACCGGUGGCAAUGAAAUGCAAAUGUUAGCGUGAAUGAACCUCUGUUUCUCCCUCUUCCUUUCUAGCCUGUUCCUGCAUUGAAGUGGUACCUGUGGUCCUAACCUCUCUCUCUUCUCUCUCUCUCUCUGUGUGUGUGGCCAGCCUGUCCCUGCAUUGUAGUAGUUCCUGUGGUCCGGGGCCUCUGUGGUGUUCCUGAUGCUCCUCUCCCACCCCUGAAGAUCCCAGGUGGGCGAGGUAAUGGUCAACGGGAUCACGCUUCUUCAGCUCGGCCGCUCCACUCCGUGAGUACAUCAACCCUCACAUACACUACCUGCUUGUUAAAUGCAAUGCUUACAUAGUGCACCACAGCAUCAAGCACACUCGUCACAUACUACAAAGAGAUAUUAUUGAAGAUAAUGAAGAUAUAUUUUCAGUUGCAAAACCAAUUUCCCCUUGUGGAUAAUAACGUUUUCUACUCCCAAAUAUGAUCGUAUACACAUCUAUAAAGGAACGAUCUUAUUACAACUUAUAUUUUAGUAAUUUAGCAGACGCUCUUAUCCAGAGCAACUUACAGGAGCAAUUAGGGUUACAUGCCUUUCUCAAGGGCACAUCGACAGAUUUCCCCCCACCUAGUCGGCUCAGGGAUUCGAACCAGCGCCCUUUCGGUUACUGGCCCAACGCUCUUACCUGCUAGGCUACCUGCCGCCCUACGUUUGUAGUCUCAUACAUCGUACUCUGAAUGACGUACACAGGGCUAUAGCUAGUAUGUGUUUGUCAUACUAUGUUCUGAUGGAAGUGAAUAGGCUACUUGGUCACUGGAGACUUGAUAUUGUGAAAUCUAUUCGUGGGGUGGGGGGGGGGGGGACUAAACAGCUGCUAAUUUCACUUCUCUGUGUUUUGUUAACACUUCUAUUCUCCAGGUUUCAUUGUUACAUAUCCUGUAAUCUGGUGCUUAGCUUUCAUUAUGGGGUCAACUAACACAGGAGUUGACACUACUGCUGUAAAAAUAACUGUUAUUUUGAAUGCAGUAUUUGCAGAAUACUUCAGUUAUACUGCCGUGUACUGCAGUUAUACUCUACUCUGACUGCAGUCUUUUUUGGAAGGGUUUAUAGUGCACUACUUUUGACCAGAGCCCUAUAUAAGGAAUAGGGUGCCAUUUUGGAACACAUACAAGAACACCAAUACAAAACAAAGCAGGCAACAACUACACGCAGGUCAUUGUUGUUUACUCGGCGUUCAAAACAAACUUGACAUUUCAGGAAGGAAUGAGAGAGGAACUCUUGUUUUCAUGGUGAUGCCACAUCCUAUUAUGGUUCUGUUAGCUAUCUGUGUACAGUAAUAGAAGCGGCUGUACAACACAACACAAAGACAUGCAGGCUCACUCUCUCUCCGCUAUGGAGUCCUACUAUACUACCAUGUCCUAUGGCAGUGUGCAGGCUGACCGACAGAGUACAAACGACAGUUGCAUGCUGGUACUGUACUGCAUAGGACAGGUCCCGUCACCCUCUACUGACUAUGAUUCAUUAGUAAUUAUUUGUUUGACCGCAAACUCUACCAAGCCCUUCUUGGAAGGCUAUUCCAUGAGCUGGGGGCAUAAAAACUAAAAUAAUUUCCCCCCAGGUCAAUGGAGACCCGCGGGACCUUCAGAACCAGCCAGUCCAGAGAGCAGUUCUGAAAAUUGCUGGAUCUCCAGUUAAUACUGGAGUAAUUUUCAGAACCACUCUCUGGACUGGCUGGUUCCUUCAGGCCACCUUGAAAUUAGACUUGCUGGUCUCCAUUGGACAGUUUAGAUUGAGUUUAAGGGAGGUGAUGUGUUUGUUUUGAUUAAUCUUGUGUUUAUUUAUUUAUUAUAUAUUGUAUGUUGAUGUUCACAGGGCUCCCUUGCAAAUGAAACCCUGGUUUCAAUGGUGACCCACCCAGUAAAAAAAAACUUUGCAUAUAGUGAGGUACUGCCUGAACUUGUCCGAUAACAACACAGAUAUUGCCUUUCUAUUGAAACAGUGUGCUCUAGUGAACACAACCAUUAAGUUGUCCAAGGAGUUGUUUUUAAUCAUUAACGUUCCCUCUUUCCUUCCAUAUUGUUUUUCCAGGACUUGACGGUGACAGAGGAGCCGGCGGGGAACGGUCGCCCCGGGAUACUCCACUUCCAGAGCCGCCUCACCGUUUCCAAGGUGAUCCACUGGGAUGCGGUGCUGAGCAGGAAUGCUCUCUAUGUGGAGAUACCCAUAGACCCCCUCCCUGAGGGCAGCAAAGAAAGGUGAGGACAGAGAGCGUGGUGGGGAGGGGGAGGCGCUCUGUAUGUGGAGAUGCCUAUCAGGGUUUCUUUUAGGAAAAUGUGACCCUGGAAAUUUGAUCGGCAACAUUUUAAUUUACUGGACAUUUGAGAAAUUUACCGGGCCCAUAUGCAUUGGCGUCCACCCACGGUGCUCAGAAUGACAGAAAUCACAUUUAGAUUAUGGCAAUUAAUAUUAACAGAACAUGAAAGAACAGAGCAUGCAAGUCGAGGAUGCAACGAUAUGUGGUCCUUCUUACCAAAUUCUGAUGUGCACUUUGCAGAAUAACAUGCUGACCACACCGCUCGCGCACGUUGAUUUUGUUUUGUUGAUUUUGAUUUCAUGUUGAGCACACACCAGACUCGAUCAGGACACGCAGGUUGAAAUAUCAAAACGAACUCUGAACCAACUGUAUUAAUUUGGGGACAGUUUAAUUCCACUAAAUUCUGCAAAUGAACCUAUAGACGGAUAAGUAUGACCAGUCAAAUGUAUUUCCAUGGACUGGUAUUUCCAUCAAUGAAGAGGCUAAAAAACAUUAUUUCACAAUGGGAUUUCUUCUUCUUCUCCUGGACAAUUGGCUGGUGUCAAUUUUAUUUAUCCGGCUAUUACCGGCUAACGGAAACAUUGAUACCUUUGGACUCGCUCCCCGAGGAGAGGACUGUGUGUGUGACUGAGGGAGAGGUCAGGGUGGGGUGGUGCAAAUCUUACAAAUGGUGUUUAAUCUCAUGUCAUCCAAGUAAACCUCUCUCGACAGUUUUGCGGCUCUUUUGGGGUAUGCGGAAGAACAUCUUAAAGUUGCCCGCGUGUUCGUCUGCUUUUACAAGAACAGAGAUGAUCGUGGUACGUAUAACAGCCCUAUUUUAAAAACAUAUUCAUACACCAAACCCACACUUUCAAUAGAGAAGCACAUCCCAACUGCCGAUUUUUGUCCAAUCACUGUUUGGGGGAUCGUUUGCUCACUAGGAACUAAAAGGAAUAAGUCAAGGAAGUCCAACAACUAUAUUGACAAAGGUCAUAUUGUUUUGAUGUUAUUUAUAAUACGUGUUUCUCUCCACAGCUAAACUUGUGCGCACAUUCAGCUUUCUGGGCUUUGAGAUAGUGAAACCGGGCCAUGCCGUUGUCCCACCUCGACCUGACGUUUUCUUCAUGGCCUACAACUUCGACAGGGACUCUUCCUCCGACGAGGAU